CCGUGUAACGUCGACUUCUUGGAGCACGAGAAAUGGCUACUUUGCAUGCUCUCUGAGGUCGACGCUCUCCCGGCGUACAACAUCGACAUCCUCGAUGCUCGGAGCUCAGAGCUCCGUCAGCUCGUUUGCAACGAGCUGCUACGGCUGCAGAAUCACAAAGAUGUGGAAUGGCGCAGACAGAAAGUGGACGUACAGCGGUGCGAACGCGCUGAAAUGAUAGACUGGCUCGCACGCCUCCUCGCGCGCCCGGGAAUGGAAGACGCCAUGGACGACGCCACCGUCCGAGCUCAGGGACCACCGAAGCUGAUCAUGAAAGAUGUCUGGGACGCCCCUGUCUUCCGCAAGCUGAUGAGAGAUGGAGUCCCCUUCGUCAAUGCACCCCCUCACGAAGGACGCUAUAUCUUCGGUCUCUCUAUCGAUGGAUUCAACCCGUUUCAUUCGAAGGAAGCAAAGCAGAACGUCACCGUCACUGGGAUCUACAUGGUCUGCCUGAACCUCCCUCCCCAUCUGCGCUACUUGCCGGAGAAUGUCUACCUCGUCGGCGUCAUCCCU